AUACAAUUGAAAUGGAACCAAGUGCUACUAUGACAAGAGCGCUUUGAAAAGAGUGCUGUCUUGGAACGUAAUAAUUGUACCAUGGUCCGCCAUCUGAGGACAUUCCGAAAAGUGUGGGAACAACGAUGACUCGCGAACAGUGGCACAAUCAGUUGGACUACAUCAUCUCUCUACUUGGAUACAGUGUUGGAGCGGGCUCGUUAAUCAAGUUUCCUUUCUACUGCAUGCGCAAUGGCGGAGGGGCGUUUCUGAUUGUCUAUAUUAUCUUCACGCUCGUUGGAGCCAUUCCCAUCGUGUUCUUGGAGAUGACCAUUGGACAGUACAGUCAGAGCGGAGCAAUCAACGUCUGGAACAUGUGUCCUCUUUUUAAAGGUAUAGGCGUCGGGUGUGCAAUUGUCGGAUGGUUUUUCUGCAGUUACUACAACAUCGGUUUUGUAUGGUUUAUGUAUUACUUCUACAACUCGUUUUUCGACAAAUUACCCUGGGACAACUGUGAUAAUGCAUGGAACACUCCCACCUGCAUUUCAAACCGAAUUCAUUUCACGAAUGGAACAGGUGCGCAUUCGAACAUUACUGACCAGGUCAAUGCAUCAGGGAUGACAGCCGCCGAGGAAUUCUGGAAAAUCAAUGUUCUUGGAGUGACGGAUGGUCUUGAAAAUCUGGGAAGCAUAAGAUGGCAUCUAGCUGGAUGUUUGGCCGUCACCUAUGUCAUUCUAUUCUUGUGGAUAUUCCAGGGAAUAAAGGUGUCAGGAAAGCGUGAUACCUUAAAGAAAAUGCUGAAAGAGGCAAAUCAUACACAUCCAUCAUCUAAUGAAGAAGAACGAUCGCUCACUAAAGGCAAGAUUUCAUAAUAUUUGUUCGUGUCCUGCGUCAAUAUGUCCUAUGUUUCAACACGGUUUGUUUCUCAUGCAAGGGGGAGGGAUAAUAUUUCUAUAACACCUGCGAAUUCUUUCACUGAGAUUUAAUUUUUCAGCUUGU